AUGGAUGGUUUCUAUAACCAGAUCCAAUCAUUGCAGUACUUGAGAGGAAAGAAAAAAUCAUCUUUUGAUCUCAAGGCUGCUACUGAUUCCUUACUAGUUACUAGUUACUUGUGUUUCUUACACCUUGUUGAGGAGUUGAUUAAGAAUGCUUCAGACGUUAAGGCAUGCGAGCAAUCGGAGGAUAGGUCCCACAAGUCUGGGGAAUUUGUUGAACUUUCUGGGGGACUGCAUGGUGGGUCAGAACCUCCUGCAUUCCAGUGUGCUGAAAGGGAGAGAAUAGCCAUGGCAUCUGCUAAUAAGGGGGGAGAUGAAUCAAGUGCUUCCUUAAUGCCUUGGAAGCUUGAAAGCAGCCAAAAGGCAAUCAAGAAUGAUCGAUUGGACCUGAGGGAGAAUGAAACUGCUGUCAUGGGAGAUCAGAUUGGAAUAGGUGGUGUUUCGGAUGCAUGUCAGAAAUCUAAGGAUACAAGCUUGAUCAAUGAUGAUGAAUCAGAUGGUCUUUCUGAUAUUGAUGAUGUUGAAGUGAGUGGCUACCUCAACAAUGAGGAGGAGAUGCGUUUUAAGAAGAUUAUCUGGGAGGAAAUGAACAAUGACUUGUGGUAG